GUUGACCAGGCCAGCCCGAACCCUGGGGGGCUGGUCGGAGCAGCCUCCUGCCACCAUGGAGGCAGGAGGGAAAGACUGCGAGGAGGAGACGCUGCAGACGGCCUUUAAGAAGCUGAGGGUGGAUGCUGAGAGUUUACCAGGAGCUGUGAGUGUUUCAGAGGCGAUGACGCCACGAGCAGCUUCCUGGGUCUGUGUCGACGGCAGCGGAGCCAAAACCAAACUGAGCUGCCCAAAGGACAACUGGCACUGCUGUGUGAGGAAGACUUCCAGAGGCACGUCGUCUCGAAGCCAGAGACGCCGGCGGUCCAAGUCCCCCAUCCUGCACCCACCGAAGUUCACCUACUGCAGCUCGUCCUCGGCUCUGCCGCCCCCUGCUGGCUGCCUGAAGCACCAGCGCCUGUCUGAGUCUGCAGAGCCUCAUCCUGCAGGGGAUGAAGCACCUGCCCCCCCUGCAGGCCCCGCCCUCCAAACUGAGCCCUGUUCCUCGGUCAGGCCCGGCUGCGUCUCCCCUCUGGUGUUCGGGGUGGGUCCUGGUUAUGAAAAGCCCGUCGGGGGUGCAGUUCGCCCACCCUCUCUACCAGAAAUCACUACGGCUGCGACGUCCCCCAGGUGGGACAGGGAGGGGUCCGGAGACCUGCAGAGUUCCCGCGACAGAGUCGAGGACUUCCGAUCCUUAUCGGAGCUCCACAGCUCCUGCUCCCCCCAGGAGGAGGCGGGGCAGGAGGCGGGGCCUCAGUGCAGCUGCAGGCCUCAACAGCAGGGCUGGAGCGGCAUGGAGGUGUACUCCUUCACCGGGCUCCGCGGUGUCAUCUCCGAGUGUGAGGCCAGCCCGCCGAGCCGCGGCGGCGCCCCCAGAACUGUCGGCGCUCCCCCCUCUUCAUCGGCGCCGCCGGCAUCGGGCUCGCCGCGCUCGUGCUCAGAGCAGGCGCGCGCCUACGUGGACGACAUCACGAUAGAAGACCUCUCCGGCUACAUGGAGUAUUACCUCUACAUCCCCAAGAAGAUGUCCCACAUGGCUGAGAUGAUGUACACCUGAAGGAGCGCCGCUUCUCCUCCUGUCAGAAAUUAAAAUAACCUUUGUUUUUUCCUGUUGCUGAGUGAAAACUAGAAUAAAGAGAGGAAAGUUUGUAAGUGAGCUUUAAUCUGGUUUAAAACACAUUUUUAUUGUUUCUAAAAGUGACUGAAACACGAUCUGUCUGUGGUUAGUUUGGGUUUUUCUUCCUUUCUGAGCUCGAUGAGGGGUUUAACGUUCACAGAUGAAGGUGCCAAAGCUGUGAUGUUGGAGGAGAUGAGCACAGGGACCGUCUCCUGGCUCACUGUCACUUCACACAAUAAAGAAGUAAAAAGGUUCAACUGGACCAGUUGCAGUUCAGUUAAACACAAACCCUUCCUGAGCUCUGGUUUUAACACAUGAUGGUGUCUAAUCCACCUCGAAUUAUUUAAUCUUUUAUUUCUAAUGACCAGACUUUCCUGUAAUCUGUUAAACUGACCCGGAUCAACAGUUCUGCACAACUUCAGCCCGUUCAGAGGAUUUAUUUAGGAUUUUCAGUCCUGUAUUUGUAUCACUUCUCUUUGGAGAAAUCUGAAGACUUUUAUCACCAGAAUAAGGAGACGAUGUCUGUUUAAAAGAUAAAUAUUGGUUUAAAGGAGGCUGUGACCUCUGAUAAAGAUGCAGAUUCAUGUAAAUACGGGACAACCCUGAACUCUUCUGUUUGAUCUCAGAAUCACCAGUUGUUUGUUUUAUAUUCAAAAGCUAUCAAAUGUUUACAUUAAUAAAAUUAUAUGAUCUUUC